UAUUUUUUUGUUGUGUAGCACGAAGAUCUUAAUCAAAAAGCGGAUUUAACUUUGAAAGGCGUGGUGGGGACUAUCAUUAAAGACUAUUUUCCGUGCCUAACACAAUCACAACGAGUAUUAUUCGAAGCUUCCCCCUUUAGAAUAUUCUUAGGAAUGCAUAUCCCACAUGGUGAUCCCUUACUUGUACAUAAGAUGAUGUUGCACGAAGUAAGGUGUCAACAAAUAUUUGAGAUGGGAAGGUUUAUGUUUGAUGUAGAGGGGAUCCAGUUGGGUUUUGGCGAAACUAAAUAUAUUUUGAUUUGUGGUUUAAAAGUUGGUCCUUAUGUGGAUUUACUCCAUGACGAAAAGGGUCAGUCAAAUUCAAAUCUCCGUGCUCGGUUGUUCCCAGAGAUUUCUGAUGCACGUUUGUGGCUGAAAGAUUUAGAAGACUUAAUUAUGUCCCCGAAUUAUUUGGCACUACAAGAUGAAGAUGUUGUGAUGCUUAUCCAGCUUGUUUUUAUGUUGAAGGGUCUACACGGACGGGACGUUAAAACGGGCAUUCCUGCAGCAGUAUACAAGCUUGCUGAUAAUAUAGAUGAUUGGAACAGGUUCGCAUGGGGUACGUAUUUCUGGAAAUAUACUUCGCGUAUGAUGCGUGGAAUGUUUAAGAAAAUAGAAGAGUUUAGAGAAUUCAAGCAGGCCAAUCCCGAAUCGAAGAAAGUACACAAAUAUACCGUUCCCGGUUUUAUGCUUCCGUUUAAGAUAUGGAUUUUGGAGACGUUCCCAGAGGCAACCAAGUUUUUUAUACGCACGCCGACAGAAUUGUCACGGAUGAGGGCGUGGAGAAGUAAAACACCGUUGAAUUGGGUUCAAUGUUGUCGAAUAAUGAACGUGUCUGUGCCUAACAACCAACCUAUUAAUGUCGAGGCAAACCCGGAGGAGCUGAUGUUGCCGUUUUAUGUUCGUUAUGUCAAUUGGACUCUUAACCCUGUAGAGUCUCCCCCACGGCAACAUAGUCCCGUCCAAAAUAGUCCACCUCCUAUUGCCUCGCCUGCUCGAAGAAGGAUGUACAAGUCCGAAAUACAAACAUCUUCGACUGAAUCUACCACAAAUGCUUCUUCCUCGCAACAUCUUGAAACAGAAAUAAGUUAUAUGUCACACGACACAUCAAGAUUGGCAAAGAAGAAGAAGACGAACACAAAGGCAUUAGUGAAGCGUCUACUAGGCGUUGUGGCUGACUUAAGUUCUAAAGUAGACCGUGUAUUACAGAAAAAAGAUGAACGCGACACAAAUUUUGAACCAGACAGAAGGUUUCGAGAGGAGGAAGAGAUGAUAAAUGAAGAGGAGGAAGAAAAAUCUUACCAUGAUACACAUUUUGACUAUGAUAAUAUAGGUAGUCAUGGUUUGGAGGGGGAAUUUGAGUCUACACCUACGCAUGUUGAGCCAUCAUUGGACGUGGGUGAACAUCUCACAAAAGAAAUGACUCCUAUUGUUAGGCCGCAACAGAAGAGGGGUGUUCCAUGGUAUCAGCGGACUCCGUUCACAGUGGUUCUAUUCACCAUAAACGUUCCUCAUUCCCAUUGGUUUUUGGUAGUGCUACAUUUAGAUAUUUGGAAAGUACACAUAUAUGAUUCAGCACGAUGUAUGAAUUACUUCACAACGUACUUGACUGGUGGAGAAUUCAAAAGUUUUGGGGAUAGUAUAAUCGAAGAGCUAGAUGCGAUUGACUACUGGAAGGAUUUCCCCGAUGGACACAAAGACAACGCAGUUGUGGAGUUUAUUGACAUUGUAGACGCGCCACAACAAGAAUAUAUGCUAAUAGAGGGGAUUGUGGAGUAUUCGUUAAGCAUGUAUAUGGAAAUGAUUGCUUCGGGGGUACCGGUGAAGAGUGAUAAGCCAUGUAGAGAUGCGGGAUUUCUCUACAGAAAUAGGAUGACAAAUAUUUUUGGGAUACUAAAUAACUUGAUGUUUGGAAGUUUGUAUACAUUAUUAUGAAAUACUUGUUUUUAGU